AUGGGCUUUUACGGGAUCACGCGAACACGUAAUGGCCAUGCAUGGACAUCAUUGUGCACCAUUCUCCUCUUCACCCCGGAUCCGCAAUCGCUCCCACCACCACCACGGCCCGACGUUGACCGUCGCCCACCCAUCACCACCACAUCAUUUUAUCCCGAUCUCACCAAUCCAACUUCCUCUAUUUUGACUCAUUCUCUCUUGCCUUUAGUCGACUCUAUGCGAACUUCCACUAUUUUAAAGUGA